UCGAGUUUAGCCUUCGAUGCGUUCAGACGUGUUCGGAAAAACUGAAAUAGAAAAAGUAAACUCUACAUAAAAAACCAACCACAUACAACAGCAUUUGUGUAUCUGUCAGAACGUUCGCCAGCAACAACGCCGAGUGUAAAGUGCUUGAACAGCCAAAACAAAAGUGAAAGAUACGCCAGCUCAGUUGGCCACUUGUCAAAUCAGUGAACGCAAGCAAUUUCUUAAAUAAAUAAGAAAUUCAAAGUGUGCAUUUUAAGAAAUAUUUACAAAAACCCCGCAAAUAAUUUUCAAAUCAAAUUUUGCCGUCGCAUUCCCUUUGGAUUACUCUACCACAACAACCAGCAGCUGCAAUUUCUUGUAUAGCUGCUCGGGAAUAACCCGUCGCAUUCUCUGUGGAUUACCCGACAAACAAACGCCAAAGCAGCUCCAAAAUGGUUGUCCUGGAAGGUGGCGGUGGUGUUGUUACCAUCGGCAACAACCAGUACUUGCAGCCGGAUUACUUGGCACCAUUGCCCACAACGAUGGAUGCCAAAAAGAGUCCACUCGCCUUGUUGGCCCAGACAUGCUCACAGAUUGGCGCUGAUUCGUCGGCCGUGAAGCCGCUGCUGGCCGUGGAUAAGAACAAAAAGUCCGGCACAUGCUCCUCGUCGUCGAACUCGUCGAGCUCCUCGAGCAGCGCGGAAAUCUCGGCGGCCAAGUCGCCCAGCCAGGCCAAGUCGCCCAAGUCCAGCACGCCCAUUACCACGACCAUUGGCAGCGAGAUGAAGCUGGCCUUCAAGCCGUACGAGACGAAUGUGCUCAGCCAGCAGAAUCAGAACAGCUUCAAGAGCAGCGCCAGCCUGGCCAGCGAUGAGCCAGCCCGGCCCAGCUCCAAGAGCUCCACGCAGGAGCGCGUGCCCUCGCGCAACAAGUCAAACGCCACGCCCACCGAUGCGGCACAGUCAAAGCCGGAGGGCAUGGCCACAACGCCACAUGACGGCAACCGGAAGACAGUCUCGCCCGCCGGCUCCUCGCAGCGCGGCGCCAGUCCCAUUGUGCGCUCCGGCAUGGAGGUGCUGAACAAUGCCAACGGCACCGCACAGCAUCCCAAGGAGAUGAGCAGCAUGGCAGCGGCAGCGGCCGCCGCGGCGGCGGCCUACAAGGCAGCCGGCCCGUAUGGAAUGAAUCCGCUGUCGGCGCUGUGCUGUCCGCCCGGCAUGGAGCAGCACGCGAAUCCCGCGUUUCGUCCGCCGUUCGGCGGCGGCUUUACACAUCAUCAUGCGGCCAUGCUGGCCGCGGCGGCCAGCAGCGGCUAUCCUGGCGCCGGAGCUGGCCCCGCCGGACAGCCGAAUCCGUAUAUAACCUACCAGCGCAUCAAGACACCAGCCGGCGGCGAGGCGAUUGUGCCCGUCUGCAAGGAUCCGUACUGCCCCGGCUGCCCCUACUCCGCACACACGCAACAGAUGCUGAUGGGCGCACCCUGCCCCGCCGGCUGCACGCAGUGCGAGCACCAGAAGUACGGCAUGGCCAUGGCCAGCGCCGGCCUGCCUCCAGGCCAUCCCUACUCGCAGGCGGCGGCAGCUGCGGCCGCCAAUGCAGCCGCCGCUCGGUCUGCGCCCUACGUCUGCAGCUGGGUGGUGGGCGACGCCUAUUGCGGCAAGCGCUUCCAGACCUCCGACGAACUCUUCACCCAUCUGCGCACGCACACCGGCAACCUGUCGGAUCCGGCUGCCGCCGCGGCGGCCCUGGCCCAGUCGCAGGCUCAGUCGCUGCUCGGCACGCUCUUUCCGCCAUCGGCCCUGCGCGCCGGCUACCCGACGCCGCCCCUGAGUCCCAUGUCCGCGGCUGCCGCCGCGGCGCGCUACCACCCAUAUGGCAAGCCGCCGGGCGCCAUGGCGGGCGCUCCUUCGCCUUUUGGCGCCGGAGGCGCCUUCAAUCCGGCGGCGGCGGCUGCGGCUGCUGCCCUGGGUCCCUACUACUCGCCGUACGCCAUGUACGGACAGCGCAUGGGCGCGGCGCACCAGUAAGAGGCGCGACUUGGAUACCAAAUAACGAAGCGAGCAGGCAGGUAGUGUUGUGCAACGGUCUAAGCAACAUAUAGAUAUAGUGUUGUACAGCAAACACAACAACAAGUUACAACAGCUCUGUUUUAUUAUAUAACCAUUGAGAUGAUUUCGAAAAUAAGAAGCAAAAGAUUAUUAGCGAACUGUCGUUCGGCGUUCGCCGUUCUGUGAUACUAAACUGUAGAUUUGUCGAGCGCUAGUUACGUUUAAGUUUCAGAUACCACAAAUACUACAACAAAGAAUCCAAAAGCAAAAAGCAAAAUAUUAUCCAUUCAAAUACUUCAAGUCGUAGUUGCAGUUGUAGAAAAGAAUUUUCUCAGUUUUUGUUUGCACUUCAAUUUCAAUCAAACUUAGCGACAUUGUUUUUGAGCAUUAUUUUGUAAGACGCGUUUGUUCUCAAAGUUCAACCAAAGUUUUCUAUGACUUCCAAUUUCUCCCGCAACCUACAUAUAUACAUACGCAUAUGCAAAUCGUAUAAUUAUCAGGUUUUGUUUACACAUUUAACCGAUGUUUAAGCUUUGUUUAAUUUUAAUUUGUCUAGGCUAAGCUUAGUUCUUAACUAUUAUAUUAUAUACACGUACGGAUAAUAAUAUGAUUACAAAUUCAUUAAUGUUUUAAGUCACCUACAUAUAUGUCAAGUACUGCGUAUAAUAAAACUGUAAUAACAAAAAACAAAGAAAAAAACAAAACAGAGAAAAAAAUGUAAAAAAAAUAUACAAAAAGAAUUCAUGUAUAAUUAUUUACUGUGUAUUAACUCAAUGCAUAUAAAUUAAAAACUCGCGAUACUUCUCAAUGUAUGCCACAUCAAAUACGACAAGCUACAAAGGCAUCAACAAUAUAUUCAAAAGUGCGCAGUAAAUAAAUAAGUACACGCAAACAAUUCAUAUGGACAACAAAUAUACAACAGAAAAAAAAAGAAACAUUUUUUAAAAAUACAAAA